AUGUCAAGAACCCCCAGAAGCUACCUGAAGCUUAUCAAUGUGUGCUUCAAGACAAGAUCAAACAUACUUUGUGCAUCCAGAAGUAACUUUUCACCAAAAUAUAGAUUUGAGAGAUGCCAAAAAGUGAAAGGAAUAUGUAAAACAUUUUGUGAUGAUGUUGAGUAUGAUUAUGGAUACUGCAUUAAAUGGAGAAACCAGUGCUGCAUAUAA